GGCGCUUAUGUAACCCCGCCGCCCUGGACCAUGGUCUGCGGGAGCCGGCGGUGGCUCGGCAGCGCGGUGGCUGUGCUGGGAGCGGCGGCGGCGGCGGGGAUCCGAGCGGCUCUAAUUUAAUAUGAGGCGGAAGGCAGAUGUGGAGGGGAAAACCAAGGACUCUGGGCCAGAUAAAUAAGCCAAAGGGGACCUACAGCAACCACUGUUUGCCUCGUGCAACACGGCCAGGCGCUGGCUUCCUCCACGCCGACUCUGAUCUGAGAAAGUCUAAGCUAGUCACACAGACCAACAUGAAGGUGGAGCUGCUUCCGGCCCUCACGGACAACUACAUGUAUCUCAUCAUCGAUGAGGAAACCAAAGAGGCAGCGAUUGUUGACCCGGUGCAACCCCAGAAGGUUGUGGAAGUGGUCAGAAAGCAUGGCGUGAAGCUGACGACGGUUCUAACCACCCAUCACCAUUGGGACCAUGCCGGGGGUAACGAGAAGCUUGUGAAGAUGGAGUCUGGGUUAAGAGUAUAUGGGGGAGACAGCCGAGUGGGAGCCCUGACACAGAAAGUGUCUCACUUGACAUCAUUUCAGGUGGGAUCUCUUCAUGUGAAAUGCCUCUAUACGCCAUGUCACACUUCUGGACACAUCUGUUAUUAUGUGACUAAACCAAAUAGUUCUGAGCCUCCCGCUGUCUUUACAGGUGACACGCUGUUCGUGGCUGGCUGUGGGAAGUUCUUCGAGGGAACCCCAGAGGAAAUGUACAAAGCCCUGAUAGAGAUUUUAGGCCGCCUGGACCCUGAAACGAGAGUUUACUGUGGUCACGAAUACACCAUCAACAACCUAAAAUUUGCCCGUCACGUUGAACCCAAUAACGCUGCCAUCCAACAAAAACUAGCCUGGGCUAAGGCAAAAUAUGACAGUGGUGAACCAACUAUCCCAUCCACUAUUGCAGAAGAGUUUACAUACAACCCCUUCAUGCGAGUGAGAGAGAAGACAGUCCAGCAGCAUGCUGGGGAAACUGAUCCCAUUCGAACAAUGGGAGCCAUCAGAAAAGAGAAGGAUAACUUCCGGGUCCCAAAAGACUGAGGACUUUGCCUGAAACACUUACCUGUCAGUUUUAUCAUGUUUUAGGAACUAGAAGUUUCAUUGUUCUGUUGUGGUGGAGACACAUUCACAGUUAGGUUUUUUUUUUAACUGUCUUAAGGGGGGGGGGGGAGGGCGGGGAAAAAAGCACUUUGCUCUUGUUGAGAUGUUCUAUGGCAUAUUUAUAAGAUGUUAAAGAAUAUUUAUUCCUGGCUUUCAAACUGUCAGAUGCAGUGAGGUUUUGCAUGAAUCCUUACAAACGUUCAGUAUGUGGUGGUGGGAGGGGAAGGCACAUUUGAGGGCUCAGUCCUUACCAGGGGAAGACUGUUAGUUUUAUAGGAGAUCUGACUGCAGGAUUGGGCCAGGAGACUUCUACCAUUAAAGCAAAACUCUGGAAUGCACGUAACCAAAUGCCUGUCUAAAGAAGAAUCCUUUUGCAACGUACGAAAUUAACCUUUCUGAUUCUGUCACUUUAAGAUCUGCUACAUUCAUUCGUCCUCGUGCAGUGCUCACUUUGCCACCCACAAUUAAGGGUCUAAUUCAUUAAAUAUGCUGCCCAACUUGCUUGGUAUCCGGAUACAGCUGGCUGUAGAAAUAAGACUGUCCAAGCUUGCAUUAGAGACUAGUUUUUCCCCCUCCCCCGCUUCUACCCACCCCUUUCCUUCUGCAUCUUAGAGAUGAAUAAUUUCUAGGCAGCAUGUUUUUCAGACUGCCCCUUCAAGUAUGAACAGCUGAGUAUUAAUGGCUUAAAAAGCAGCUUGCAUGUACCCACUGACUCCCCUCCAAAGUGUACUGUGCAUAGUGCCUGUAACAACACCAAGCCUGAGGUAGGGACUCGGCCGAUAGACCAGUAUGAUCCUAAAGAGAACUAACUUGGUCUAGUGAGUAAAUGCAUGUCCUACAAGUUUGAGUAGAUAUUACGUUAGACCAUAGAUAACCUUUCCUACCAUUGUGCCAUCAGGAUAGCUUCUUUAUGCUGUAAAUGCUACUUUCACCUAACAGGAUUAGCCCAGCUGACCCUUCCGGGCAAAAGAUUUGAGAGUUCUGGUUACUGUGGUGCCCAAGAUCAUCACGGUACCAGCUGUUUUGGAACAGUGGUACCCUUCAGGGCCUGCUUCAAUAGGAGCAGAAACUAGGGUUGCCUGGUUUAACCCCUUAGCUCCUUCAGCCUCCUAGUCUUCCAGCAGAAGCUUCUUUUAGAGAGUCCUGUUAAAUGUAAAGAAAUCAAAGCUUGCCCUGGUCGCUCAGCUGCACUGAAGCCUGGUUUCUAGGCAGAUCCAGGGUGUCUUCCAACACCACUCUUGUUCCUUAAACUUUCCUUUCCUUGCCCUUGUGGCUCAGAGCCCUCCCUGGUGUGAACAGCAGGCACAUCUCGAUGAUCGGGAGUGGGCAGCCAGCCUGAAACAGACAUGAGGGGAACGUCCUCCCCAGACCACUGUGCUCAUUUCAACACACUGUUAAUCCUGGUGAACCGAGCACAAUUUUAUGAAAGCAGCUCGAUAGCAUGGAAACCCUGCUUCCCUUGCAUGGCACAGAGGGGGUGAAUUAAGCCUGAUUUUUUUCCCACCCCUUCUCUCGGUUUGUUUUCAUACUGCUCGUGGUUUGAUUCUCUGGACAAAAAGGACCACUUGGUCUCUUUCAGAGCAAAGGAUGGUUCCCAGUAACUGCUGGGGGGUGGGGAGAGAAUACGCAGAAUUUUGCCAUGUCAAAGAACUGCUCCCCAGAGUUUUCAGUGUCCGUGUUGGAAAAUAGGCUUCAAGUGAGCUGGUGGGGGGGCCUCGUCAUGGUUUCAGUGCUCCCUUGCCAUCUGUGCCAGGAAUCCGUGUUCGUUUCGGCCCCCUUAUGAAAAAAGCUUCUUCUAAAUACGUGGCCAAAAGCAGCCUAUUAAUACAAGCUGCUCAUUCUGUCCUCCUCGGAGCAACUUCCACAUCUGCAUCUCUGAGCCAGAGCUGGUGUCGCUGGAGUCUUCGGAGAACUGCGCUUUAAGGAGGAUCGUUUUCAAACGUAACUUCCCUCCCACCCCAAGUGGCUAGGGCAGAGGAGUCCUGGCUCCCCUUUCUGGAGUCUGUUUCUGGCCUUGGACAGGCCCCUGACCUUCUCUGUCCCUCAAUUUCUGCAUGGUUAAACAAUGCAUGGACUUCCUGCCUUCCAGGGGGCUAGGGCUAAUGUGUAUCUAGGUUUGUAAAGGGCUCAGAGACUCUCGCUUUCGUCCAGGGAUAUUACUAUAAACCUCUUUCACUCUCUUCCCCUUCCCUAUUUUUUAAGAGCCAUAAGCCAUGUAACAGCACCCACAUUUUGAUAGGUGAUAACUGGGAGGGGGAAUACUAUCCAAUGUGUGGCUACUGUAGUAUCUAUUUUAAGCUCUGCAAUGGUUACUGCUCAAAUGCAGCAAAGAUGCAUGUUGCUAUUAAUACUUUCCCUUCUAACACCUGUCACUGUUAUGGUGCAAGUUCUGUGUCCUUAGGCUCACAUUUGAUGCCCACAGAUGCAUGUACCUUAGGAGCAGGGCCUCGGGGGAGGGAAGCUUGCAGGGACAGUUUCUGUAGGAGUUGACCGUGCGGUGUUUUCAUCUUGCCAGCGAGAACAGGAUAUGAGCACAAAGUGGUAGAAUACACACUUGAAAAAUUCUGACACCCAUAUCUUAAUGAACUGGGCUCCUAAUUACAUUCUCCUCCCGUGUCUCUUCUGAUUGCACAGUUACCAACUAAAUGUAUGUUUUUCAAUAAAUGCUUCACAGCUGAAACAGUAA